AUGACGAUAAAUUCAUUGCAGCUGCUAACAGAGAACGAGUGCAGUAGCAAUCCCUGUCGAAAUGGUGGAACCUGCGUCGACGCAUAUGGUGGAUACAUCUGUAACUGUCCAUCGAAUUGGGAGGGUGUGACUUGUGAAACAGACGUAAACGAAUGCGCAGUGUAUGCGGGUACGAGCCUCGGAUGCCAAAAUGGAGCAACAUGUGUUAAUAAUCCUGGUGGAUACAGGUGUGAUUGCCCUACCAACUUCUAUGGCAUCCACUGCAGUGAAACACAUGAUGACUGCAGUUCUGGAUCACAUACAGAGCUAUGUGGACAUGGCACAUGCGUUAAUGAGAAAAGAGUUAAACCGGGCGAAUCGAAGUAUCGUUGCAUUUGUGACGCUGGCUGGACCAAUUCUGCAAGAACUGGUAUGUGCACGAAAGAUAUUGACGAAUGCCAAGAGGCCGAGAUCAGGUGUUCAGUUAAUCCUUUGGUUGUCUGUCUCAAUAUCCCAGGAAGCUUUCUUUGUGGGCCGUGUCCUCCUGGUUACACAGGAAGUGGUAGAAGGUGUACGGAUAUUAAUGAGUGUGAGUACCAAAAUGGAGGCUGCUCUACGAAUCCCUUUGUCCAGUGCACUAACACCAUGGGAUCCAGAACGUGUGGACCUUGUCCUCCAGGUUAUAUGGGGAAUGGCGUGCAAUGUAACUUUGUAGGGGUGUGCAGCAUUGCCAGAGGAGGGUGUCACCCCUUGGCGAGUUGCAUAGAAAAUUCAGGUACUUAUCGAGAAUGCCGUUGUCCCCCUGGGUACGUCGGGAACGGAGAAGCUUGUGGUGGUUAUUUGACUGGUGACAAUGGAACGCUCGAAUUUCCUCAAGGGCAGCAUUUGUACAAUCAUGGUGAAAGUUGUGCCUGGGUCAUCACUGUUAAUGAAACAAAGGUUAUAGGAGUCCAAUUUAGCAGAUUUGAACUCGAAUCGGGGCAUAACUGUGCAAAAGAUUUCCUACAGCUUCACGACGGUCCAAAUUCUGCUUCGCGUGUGAUCGGGCGAUUCUGCGACUCCAAUCUUCAUGGGGAAACAUUCAACACAACCCACAACCAACUUUUCCUGUGGUUCAGGUCUGACAAGACUAUCUCCAGAUCGGGGUUUACACUUAACUGGGAAGCUGUUGAACCGAGUUGCGGAGGAUAUUUGAAUUCAUCAGAAUACGGUGCCAUUAACUCUCCUGGUUACCCUGGUAUGUAUCCCAAAAAUCGAAACUGCAGAUGGAUAGUACAAGUUCCUAUUGGCAAGCGAAUACAGUUUCAUUUUGCCACACUCAGCUUGCAAACUCAUGAAAAUUGUUCUCUUGACUAUCUAAAGAUUUUUGAUGGCUUGUUGACGACCGAUCCUCUUUUGGGAACCUUCUGCUCAACCACCACCCCGCCACCACUGCUUACAUCUGGACACUCGGCGACCUUGUAUUUUAAUUCGGAUUCGACUAUUCAGAGCACCGGUUUCCACAUCACAUAUUCUUCUGUCCCAGGUUGCGGAGGACAAAUUCAUAGAUCGUCUGGCGUACUUCGUUCUCCCGGUUACCCUAACCAUUACCCACAUUCUGCAAGCUGUAUCUGGUUGAUUCAUGCUCCAGAAGGAAGGCAGAUUACACUUAACGUCACCGACUUUAACUUGGAACUACACAGUGAUUGUAAUUUCGACUAUCUUGAGAUAAGAAAUGGAGCGUAUACGACAUCACCCCUCCUCGGGAAAUUUUGCGGCAAUACUAUACCAUCUACCAUCCGAUCCCACAGCAACAUCCUUCGACUCAUGCUCAAAUCAGAUCGGUCUAUGAGUGCACCGGGUUUCGAGAUAUACUACGACAACACUGCUACAGGUUGCGGUGGCUUAUUGACAUCUCCAGGUGGUAGCAUAGUGUCACCAAAUUAUCCGCAAGCUUAUCCAAGCAAUGCUGUUUGUGAGUGGCUCAUAAGGGUGAACCAUGGCUCUGUCAUAACCAUAGCAUUUGUUGACAUUGACAUAGAAACACACCCGAAAUGCCGUUUUGAUUAUGUUCAGAUCUUUGAUGGUGAAACAACAAAUGCUGUCAGUCUCGUGCGUAUGUGCAACCAUCAGUCAAAUCCUGGAGCUAUUACAUCUUCGGGAAAUACUUUGUUGGUCGUUUUCCGGACUGAUGCAUCUACAUCUGCAGGAGGUUUUCAUCUAACAUACCAAGCAGUUUGUAGGAACGAGUUCACUCAGAGACGUGGAGUCAUAGAAAGCCCCAACUUCCCCAGCAACUACCCGCGAAACCAAAACUGUGCUUGGGUCAUCCGAGCUCCCAAAGGAAAUAACAUUUCACUGGCUUUCUCACAUUUUACCCUAGAAGGAGGGAACUCGUGUGACAACGACUAUGUAGAGAUUUCAGAAGUCAAGAAUAUGCAGCCAGUAUCCUUGAGUAAAUAUUGUGGGAGUUUGACAAAGCCUCCUGCACCCAUCACAACAUCAACGAACGUUGCCAUUGUAAAGCUUGUCACAGACCACUCCGUCACAAGAGAAGGCUUCAGAUUGGAAUGGAGUAUGAAAGGAUGCGGAGGAGAUAUAAGAGACAAGCCCGAAGCCGUCAUCUUGUCCCCCAACUACCCCCACGGGUACCCGUUUGACGUCGAGUGCAUUUGGCACAUAUGGUACCCGCCAGGCUUCAGAGUAGAACUUACAAUUCACGAAUUGGAUAUGGAAGCAGGAAAUGAAUGCUUGUACGAUUAUUUUCGGGUUUAUGGUGGAGAAGACGCAAAUGCUCCUCGGCUGUUAAAUGUUUGUCGAAGAAUAGUCCAACCUCAAACCGUGACCUCUCACGGGAAUCAGAUGACUUUGGAAUUUCACAGCGAUCACUCAAUGGCAGGAAAAGGAUUUGCGGCUUCAAUCAAAAAAAUUCCAGGAGGUGAGAAAGUUGUACUUACUGUGACCUUUCUUCACAUUGGAGACUCCGAAAACUGUUCCGAAACUUCACUCAUCAUCAAGGAUGGUGAUUUGGACGAUUCUCCAGUAAUCUCCGAAUUUUGUGGUCACCACAUGCCUCCGCCAAUAGUGUCCAGAGGAAGUGUCAUGUCAGUAUUUCUCAAGAACUCUGGAAUCUUCAGAGCAACCUAUGGCAUUGCGUCGACUCACUGCGGUGGGGAAUUGACUGGCUAUUCAGGAAGCAUCGCAUCGCCUGGAUUUCCCAACUUUUACGAUUUUGAUGUGGAAUGUGUCUGGACAAUUAAGGCAUCCGCAGGGAGCAAGCUUCUUUUAUCGUUUUCGUCUUUUAAUAUUGAAGAUAGCGAACACUGCAACGUGGACUACUUAGAAGUUCGUGAGGAUGAUGCUUCUGGAACAUUUUUGGGAAGGUUUUGCGGAUCAAACACACCUCCUAACAUUCCUGCAACCAAAACGCUUUGGGUCAAGUUUCGCACAGACGAUCAAGGCACAGAUCGAGGUUUCAUGGCGCAUUAUGAAAUACAACACGAAACGCAGCUAAACGGCACGUCUGGCGAAAUAGCUUCCCCUGCAUAUCCUAUGCUCAUACAGAAACAAGAUGUUUAUCAAUGGACUGUAACAGUACCUCAUGAAAUGGUCGUCAGUGCUCGAUUUCUUGAAUUAUCCAUCACACAAAUCGCUUCGGAUAUGCUGUGUGGCGCUGGAGUACAGUUCUUUGACGGAGCUAAUGAGCUGGCUGGUGAUUUAGGCUACUUUUGCGGAUUCCGAAUUCCAGAGCCGAUUAUAUCUUCUGGAAAUACAAUGACCAUUAGGUAUGCAGGAAGCAAGAGCUAUCCCUCCAGGUUCCUGCUCCACUGGACAGCUAUAUCUCCUUCUGGAGUCGUGGUCUCUCCAAGUGGUGAAGGAUGUGGCAGCCGUAUCACUGGAACAAGUGGUCUAUUGAACAGCUCUGUCAUUCACCCUCUGCUUGAUUCGUUGCGUAGAUACGAAUCCUUCCAGUGUGAGUGGAUCAUCACCGUAAGGCAACGAAGAACGAUUCAGGUGACGUUUGACGACUUCAAUAUCGAGUCUGACGGCGUCUGCAGUAAUAACUACAUUAUGCUAAGAAAUGGUGGUUCAGCCCUCUCUCCUUCCCUGGGCAAUGGUAAAUACUGCGGGAGAAACCGUCCACCGACGGCUCUCGAGACAAGCUCCAACGAGCUCUACGUUCAGGUGGCGUUUGUUCAAGGCACAUUGAGACCACCUGUAUUUACCCUUCGUUACACGGAAAUGUCUCUCGGCUGCGGUGGACGAAUCUACCUCACACACGAUAGACCGUACGUGGAAAUCUCGUCCCCUAACUACCCCUCACCCCCUUCACAUGAUCUCGAAUGUGAGUGGGUAAUAGUAUCUCCUUCGGGAACGAGGAUGAGGAUGGAUUUUGAAAACGAAUUUCACUUGGCGCCAAAUUGUCAAGAUGAAUAUUUGGAAUUAUUUGAUGGCGGCACAGAAAUGGCUGCAGUGCUGCACAGAUAUUGUGGUCAUAAUCAACCAUCUAGCGCAAUGACUACUGGAAGUGCUUUAUUAGUGCAUUACGUAACUAAUGCUGGCGAACCUGAAGCAGGAUUCAAAGGCACCGUAAGAAUCGCUCAGUGUGGAGGAACAAUAAAUUCUUAUUACGACGUUCUGACCAGCCCUAAUUAUCCCGAAAACUACGGCAGCAGCGUCGAAUGUGAAUGGUUCUUGCGAAUGCGAAUGGGAUACCACAUUGUUCUGAACAUCACCGAUUUGGACACGCCCCCGACUACAGACUGUCAUGACACGGACUACAUAGAAAUCAGAGAUACUGAUGCUCAAGGAUGCGGAGGCAUGGUGGAGGGUCCAACGGGUGUCAUUACUUCACCCAACUAUCCCAAUGCUCUCAGUGGCUCCAGAGACUGCUUUUGGAGGCUUGAAGCCCCUGAAGGAAGAAGAAUAAAAAUAAACUUCAAUGCUUUCAACCUACCAAGAGACGAAUCUACUGGAACGUGUAUCAGUUACCUCAAACAUUUCUCUGACAGAUCUCGAGAGAACAUCCCUAAGUUGUGCGGAAGUACCAUACCGGACGAGAUUGAUUCAUCUUCUGGCAACCUGAACGUGGCCCUCUUCCAUAACGGCUUUAACGCCGGAGAAGGAUUCUCGUUCACGUACACGACUGAUGAACCAGCAGUUUGUGGAGGUUUCCUACCUCUUCCAAGUGGGAACAUCAGCACUCCGACUUUUCAACCAGCUGGAAGUGAUUCUUUCGUCGACUGCCGCUGGAAAAUGGUAGAUGAGGAAAAUUUCAAUGGCACUCUAGUAUUCAAAUUCGAUCUCCUGGACCUUCCUGGUGUGAUGGCGAACUACUGCAUGGACGGCGGACUUUACGUUACAGGAAUGAAGAGAUACUACUUAGCGCGCUACUGUGGGAAUUAUACGGCACCUGUUUUAAUGACGUCACCUUUUGUCUCAACAACACUUCGAAUGGUUGCCAAUUUAUCUUCUCUUGUCCGAGGGGUACGAGGAACAUACAACGUCAGCAAUUGCGGGGGAAUACUGGAUGGAACAAAUGCAACUAUCUCAUCUCCGGGAUAUCCCGAUGGUUAUCCACCCAACACAGAUUGUCAUUGGCUGAUCAACGUGCCCGAGGGAGAAGAAGUACAAUUGACGACCGUAGACUUGCGAUUAGAGAGUGACUGCAGCAAGGAUUAUGUUUUGGUACGCGAUGGAUACCACAUUGCAUCUCCAAUAGUCGGCAAAUUCUGUGGAACUGCGAAUCCAAUCCCAAUUGUUUCAAGCAGUAAAGUACUAUCCGUAAUAUUCCAUUCGGAUGCAUACGGGACUGCUCCUGGUUUUAAAAUGUCCACUAAAGAGUUACAAAGAGGCUGUGGCGGGUUAAUCCAUAUGUCGCAAGGCAGCAUAUCAUCUCCCGGAUAUCCAUCCCGAUACGUUAACAAUAUAGAGUGCAAAUGGACAAUUGAACAAGUACCUGGUUAUUUAAUUAUGCUGGAAUUCGUCGGCAGAUUCGACAUCGAAAACGAUCCCACUUGCGGAAAAGACUAUGUGCAGUUUGUGGAGGAAAUUUCACAACAAGAGAAGGUCGAGUGUUCAGCCCAAGUUAUCCAGGGUUUUAUGAAAACAACUUACAAUGUACGUACAGAAUUGGUAAAUCUGGUGAAUACAUCUCCCUUAGGAAACAGUGACUGCGUUUAUGAUUACGUGGAAAUAUCACACGAGGUAGAAAAUGGGAGCCUUGUACAUGGUUCUUACUGUGGUACAGAAGUUCCGGCUGCCCGGGUGGUACCUGGUCCAGUCACCAUCCGUUUCAAUACCGACGCAUCCUAUACUGCCCAUGGAUUUUUGCUCAACUACAAAGUUCUUGAUUGCGGAGGUAUCUUGACUGCGCCACAAGGCACAAUUAAGAAGUUCCCGACAGAAAAUGAAUAUUUUGAUGAAAUGAAGUGCAUAUGGGAAAUCAGAGCGCCCCCGAACAAAGUAAUUUCAGUAAGGUUCUCCUCCCUCAAUAUCUCACUCUCUUAUCACUGCUGGCAUGCGUAUUUAGAGAUUAUCGAUGGCAACACAACAGGACCGUCUAUUGGAAAAAUAUGCGGAAGCAAACUCCCUCCUGUAAUAAAAUCCAGUGGACCUAAUUUGACUUUGGCACUUUUCUCUCGAGAAAAAAGACUGCUCCAACCAGGAAUAGAGAAUGGCUCAAAAUUCGCAGCGCUUGAAAUGUCGGCAUUUUACUACACUACUUACGGUCCAUUACAAGGUUGUGGUGGAAUUCUGAACCAGUCCUUCGGAGAAAUUUCGUCCCUCGAUAUAAAUUCCGACACUUUGUAUGAACCAAAUUUGGACUGCAGCUGGACCCUAAUUGGUAAUGACUCCAACAAGAUCUUCCGAAUUGAAUUCCUGAGGUUUGACUUGGAGGAUGGUAGAGAAAAUGAAACUUGCAUUUCCGAUUACGUAGAGGUGAGAGACGGCCUUUCUCCAGACAGCCCAUUUAUUGGACGCUACUGUGGCUCCACCAUACCAAGCCCCAUCUCAUCCUCAACAAAUAAAGUGUUUAUCUCAUUCCACACCAAUGACGAGAUCAACAAAGCUGGUUUUAAGAUACGCUUUACAUCUGUGAUUUCACCAUGUGGACCUUCCUUGAUAACAACCGCCCCCAACACAAACGAAAUUGUAUCUCCAAACUAUCCCAACGGUCUUCCUCCAAAUCUUCGCUGUCGAUGGACUUUUGUGAGGAACAUGACAAGUAGUGUGAUAUGGUUUAGAGAAAUGGUCAGCUUGUUUCUAAUAGAUUUGGACCUGGACUGCAAAGGAGAUUACAUUGAAUUUCAGAGACAGAGCUCCUACCGUAUGCCAGGAUGGGAAAGUCACACAAAGAAUAACAAUCCACCUGUUCGAAUAUGUGGAGCUGCUCAUCCCCACGAAAUCUCUGGCUACAGCGGCCUGACGCUGACACUGCACAGUGACGCAAUACGCAGCGGUGGGCGUGGCUUCAAGAUUGCCUAUUCAAAUGCUGCUUGUGCACGUGUGUACACACGUGAUCGUGGGCGUCAUCACGAAUCCAGCGUAUCCGGGGUACAUGAACAGCGAUGUCCGAUGCCAAGCCCUCAUUCAAGCCCCCGUAGGAUAUACGAUUUCCGUGUACUUCCGAAAAUUGUGUAUGGUGGAGCAAAUACCUCGAGCCCCUUGAUUGGUUCCUUCUGUGGCUAUACAUUACCGCACCCGAUCUUCUCCAACGGAACUUCUCUUUAUCUAGACUUCAACAUUAAAGACAAGAUUGGACUGUAUUACAUAUCCUAUACUUUUACAGAUCAAGGUCGUGGUUGUGGAGGUCGCAUAGAAGGCGAGUCCGGUGCUCUGUCGAGUCCCUUUUACCCAUCGCCGUGGACAGGAGAAUGUUCUUGGCAGCUGGCUGUUCCCGGGUAUCACACUAUUAGGCUAAAAUUCCAACAUUUCCAACUUAACUCCUCAUCUGGAUGUGAAACAAAUUACGUAGAAUUAUACGAAGGAACUGUCGAUGACAUUGCAAAAAGAAUAGUACGAUACUGCGGAUCGGACUAUCCGGGGAUACACAAUUCUGAAGGAAAUCAAGUUUUGAUAAAACUUGUGACUGAUAACACUAACACUGCACCAGGAUUCCUGAUCUUUUUUGAUUCUAAUCCAUACGCUCCUGAUCCAUCAAUGUCUAUGAUCCAAAGGUUUCCUGAGGAACGAAGACAAGAAAGAGUUGGUGACGUCUUGUAUCUCAACCCAUAACAGAUCAUUUUAACUGUACAUCAUUAACUGCUAUUUAUUGUUAAAGAUGAAGGACGAAGACAAGAAAGAUUCGUUGGCGACUUGUAUCUCAGCCCAUAGCAGCUUAUUUAAACUAUGCCUCAAUAACUGUAAUAAAAUUUGGUGGCAACUUGUAUUUCAACCUAUAGCACCUAACUUAAGCUAUGCAUCCAUAACUGUUAUACAUUGUUAAAAAUGAAUAACGAAGACAAGGUAGCUUCGUGGCGACUUGUAUCUCAACCCAUAGCAGCUCAUUUGAAUGAUACAUCAAUAUCUGUAAUUACAUUGUUAAAAAUGAAGAACGAAGACUAGACAGAUUUUGUGGCAACUUUUAUCUCAACCCAUAGCAGCUCAUUUGAACUAUGCAUCAAUAACUUUAAUAAUGUUUGGUGGCGACUUGUAUCUCAAUCCACAGCAGCUCAUUUAACGUAUGCUUCAAGAACUGUUAUACAUUAUUAAAAAUGAAUAACGAUAGAUUCGUGGCGACUGGUAUCUGAACUCAACUCAUUUGAAUGAUACAUCAAUAACUGUAAUACAGUAAUAAAAAAAAUGAAGAACAAAGGCAUGACAGAUUUAGUGGCGACUUUUAUCUCAACUCAUAGCAGCUCAUUUGAACUAUACAUCAAUAACUGUAUUAUACUGUUAAGAAUAAAGUUCAAUGUUUUACCAAGAAGUUGGUUUAAAUCUAGCAAAAUUUAUCUGCAAAUAUCCUAUUGGAGAUACGUAUACCAAUGUAAUGGUGCUUGUACAACCUGAGGUUUUUAAAAAGCACAAUUACAUUGGGGAAACUAAUGGUCAACAAGAUGACUUCAGCUAAAUUUUUCUAGACUUAACCAAAACCAAAACGCGCUCCCAAGCACGUUUUGGAAGAUCUACUAAAAUUUACGCAUUUUUGAGCAGUUGGGUAGUUCCUAUUGAGUUAUCCAGUUAACAAUUGAUUGAAAUGUAUAAGAAUUUCUAAUGGAUUCUCCACUUUAUUAGAAGUUGAAUCGUAUGUUAUUUUCUAUCGAAGUCUUCAUUUUCCAAGCAGUUGUUCAUACUUGUAUAUAUAUUCUCUAUUUUGUAAGCAGUUUGACUGCAAAUACUGGUUCCUAUUAAAGAUAUUAUUUUGU